GAAUCUGGUCCUGAUCUGUUGCUAAUGUCGGUUGGUGGCAACGAUAUUGGCUACUCGGAAAUUGUUUCAACAUUGAUUUGGGGUGAAUCGUCGUCACUCUUUGCAUCAGUCGAUAUGCGUUUCUUUUACGCAUCCUAUCAACUCGAUCGAAUCGCUGCUUCACUGCAUAAAAUCAAACCUCUACAAAUCGUCAUACCGCAUUACUUCGACGUAACACGCAACGAAAAAGGCAUCAUUGACGCUAACUGUGAUGAAUUACAUCAGAUUAGCACUGAGAAUUUGCGAAUGGCUGAGAAGAAAAUUUUACGACGAAUCAACAAAUUGCUCUCGAAGAAGUCUCAAGAAUACGGAUGGAAAGUUAUCGAGCAUAUUGCCGAUAUAUUCCAUUCGCGAGGAUUGUGCUCGACAAAAUCUUUUAUUCGAAGUGUACGCGAUUCGAUACGUUUACAAGGCAACAGUCUUGGUGCAUUUCAUCCGAUCGAAGAGGCACAUCAAAAGAUUGCCGAUAUUAUUUGGCAACAGUUGCAGCACUCAAAUAGUUCCAGCUAG